AUGGCUGCUACAACAACGUCAAGACGAAGUUCGACGAAGCUGACUAUUGCUCAGCCUGCUGAGGAUGGUGUCAAUCUUGUGGGCACGCUUGAGCAGCUCGAUCCGGACGCGCCAACACAGGGACGGAAGAUCGCGCUGAUUCUGCAUGGUACUAUGGGGCAUAAAGACUACCUAUUCCAGAAACGCCUAGCCCAAAACCUACCUCUCGACUCCUUCCGCUUCGACUUCCGCGGUGCGUUCGAAUCUGGCGGCAAAUGGAAGUACGCAGCGUUCCACGAAGAUCUCGAAGACUUGCGAGUGGUCGUCCGGCAUCUGCGAGAGACAUACGGCUACGUCGUCGAUCUAGUCGUCGGUCACUCGCGAGGAAGCGUCGUUGGUAUGCUGUGGCUUUGUACGUCUGAAGAGGGAAGGGAUGUAGGAGGUUUCGUGAAUGUGUCGGGUCGGUAUAGGAUGGAUCGAGUCUUACACGAUCACCACUAUAAACGCUACAAACCGGACUUCGACUCCAAAGGCCACUUCGAAUGGGAAGUCACAGUCGCCCGUCAGAAAGUCAUCGGACACAUAACCGAAGCUGAGAUGCACGAGUUCGCGUCUAUCGACACUUCCGUCGUCUGGUCUCGGUUUCCUGCGAAGACGGACGCGUUGACGAUACAUGGGCUGGCGGAUACUGUUGUUCCGGUUUUCGAUGCUACGAUCUAUGCGAGGGCGCUUGGGGCGGGGAGGGAGGGGACGCAUUCGUUGUGCUUGGUUGAGGACGGGGAUCAUAAUUUGACUGGCCAUAACGACGAGGUUGUGGGCGUGAUCUUGGAUUGGUGGAAGCAGCAUGAAGCUCGCGCUUUAAAAAGUGGAAUAUGGGGUACCGGAGUCCGGCCUGAGCCCAGCGCGACGCACAAACCGUCCAGACUAUAG